UAAUUGCUAUAACCAUCAAUGGAUUAUUAUUUUUAUUAGUGAUUAUUGUGAUCAACAAAGUAAUUAAGACAUAAUUACCCGUUUAUUUUUUCAAUUAAAUUGUGAUUCUUAUUGUUAUUGUGAAGAAAAAAAAUAUCAACAAUAAAUUAUAUUCUUAAUUGUUGACAAUCAAUCUAAUCAUCUUUGAAUUUUCUUAAUUUUCAACGUUAAUCAUACGUAAAUUGUAUAAAUCAAAGACUUUUCCGCCAUUUUCUUCAUUUCUCAUCACUUAAUUUAUUCAAAUUCUUAUUCUACUCAGUGGAUUUUCUCAAUUUGUUCAUUUUCUUCUUCCCAAAACCUGUUGCUGUUUCCAAGAGAGAAAAAGAAGAAAACAAAACAAUCUCAUCGCCAUUGGAAUUAUUUUUCAUCUUCAAUUGUUCAUCUUCUUUUUGUCUUCUAUUUUCCAACUCAUUUUCUUUUCUAUUCGGUUACCAUGGGAUAUGAUCCAUCUUUAUUUAUUUCUAAACUUGACUCUGAAUUAAAGUGUCCAAUCUGCCAGGGUGUUGUAGAGAAACCUGUUCAUGGGAUUAAUUGUAAUCACAUUUACUGUUCAACUUGUAUACGUUCAUGGCUUCGUCAUUCCCUUACCUGUCCCCUUGACCGAUGUUCAUUGAAUGAAUCACUACUCAGACCCGGUCCCAGGAUAAUUGUUUCCUUGGUGAAAAAUUUGGAAAUCAGAUGUUCAAAUUAUAUGCAUGGUUGUUGCUGGACAAUGAAACUCUGUGAAUUGGAUCAACAUUUAACUUGGUGUUCAUUUAAAGUCUCAACAAAUGGUGAUAACAUUAAUAAUUUAUUAUUUGGUACCAAUGGUCAAUCAUCUCAUGGAUCUAUUGUUGUUGAUUCUAAUCAUUGCUCAUCUUCAAUAACAACAACAACAACAACUUCAUCUUCAUCUUCAUCAUCAACACCUACAACUCUUUGUUCACCACCCAAUCCAAUUAAUGAGAUACGACAAUUGAGAAAUAUUUGUGACAAAAGAAGUGAAUUAAAAGAAUUGAGAGAUUUGGUUAAUCAGCUAACCUGUGAUAUGGAAACUAUUACCGCCUCCGGGGAAAUAAUCACACAACGGGUCAAGGAGAUUAGUGAGAAUACAGAUUGUGUACUUCGUUACCUACAAUAUGCUCAAAGUCAAAUGAUGAGGAUCUUUUUAUCUCGAGAGGAACACGAACAACUUAUGUCCAACCUUAAAUUGGACAAUUCGCUGGUCAAUUGUACGGUUCUUAAUCUAAGUGAAUUUAUGACACCCGAAAUUUUAAUGGAAUACCUGAGACAAAAUGGAAUGAAACCAAUUAAAUGUGUCAUGGGUCCUUAUUCAUUUAAUCGUUCUCGUAAUUUCUGUGUCACCGUUAGAUUAUCCGAUUUAGAUAAAUUGUUAGACGCUAAUUUAUGGCCCAUCGGUGCAGCUCUUACAAUUACCAAUGGUCGCAAUAAAUCACCAGUAAUCACCGGUAAACGAUCAAAAAAUACGUCAACUUUAUGCCUGGAAUCUGGUAUAAGCGAGUAAUUGUUUUCCUUGAUCAACAAUUAAACUCAAUUUCCUAAUCAUAAUUAACUUAAUUGUCUCAACGGUCAUCAAAUAAGACUCUCUUAUUUAUGGAUUUAACCCCAGAUUCGGAACAAUAACAAAACCAUCAUGAAAACAAAUCAAUUGAAUUGAUGAAAUUAAUGUAAUAAGAUAUGAACAAUA